CGUUAAUUGAGCUGCAGCUGUAAAGAUCGCGAAAUGUAUUGCAGCAAGUUGCAAGUGUGUGUUUUGGUCCUUUUGGCCACAUUGGCCCUUAUUGGUCGUUGUGAAGCCGGUGUAUACAGUUUGCCGCCAAUAGAUGAUGAGAAUCCUAUAGCGCGUUUGAUAAAUGGUAGAAUCGGCACCAGUGGUUCACCGAGAGCUGAUCUCGAUUAUCGGCUACCAAACACCACCGAACCCGUACACUACGAUGUUGAACUGACGACAAAUGUGCAUAAUGGCACGAAGGCUUUCCAGGGCACAGUUAAUAUCGUUAUUAAAGUGAUCGAAGAUACAAGGACAAUCGUUUUGCAUCAACGACAAUUGAGCAUCGUUAAAGUGACCAUAAAAAAUACUGAUCUAGCCAAUCCUGCUGAGGAAACUUUAAAUAUUUCGUAUGAAGAAGAACGCGAAUUUCUGAGUCUGACGCCAGCCAAUCAAACGCUCACCUUCAUCAAAGGCAGCAACUGGAACUUAACUAUUAGCUACACGGGUGUUUUGCGUGAGGACAAUGCUGGCUUCUACCUAUCAACCUAUACUAGUCUCCAAGGCCAGGAACGUUAUUUGGCAACCACACAGUUUGAGUCGACCGAUGCACGUCACGCCUUCCCAUGCUACGAUGAGCCAGCCAAACGUGCCACAUUCAGCAUUAUCCUGCAUCAUGAUCCUUCUUAUAAUGCCAUAUCGAACAUGCCAUUGGACGUAACCCUCAGCACGCCUGGCUAUUCCGUCUUUCAACAAACUGUAAAUAUGCCGUCGUAUUUGGUCGCUUUCAUUGUGUCCGACUUUGAGUAUACGGAAGGUGUUUUAAAUUCGCGUGCCCAGCGCAUUUACACACGUCCCGGCACAGUGGAUGAACAAGAGUUCGCUUUGGUAUCUGGUUUAUUGCUGCUGCGUCGUCUUGAGGAAUAUUACGAUGUGCAAUUCGCACUGCCGAAAAUCUAUCAAGUUGGUGUGCCCGAUUUUGCUGCUGGUGCUAUGGAAAACUGGGGUUUGGCUACAUAUCGCGAAGAGUAUAUGUUGUAUAAUACCAAGAACUCAACCACGAGUACACAAACAAAUAUCGCAAACACUAUUGCACACGAAUACUGUCAUCAAUGGUUUGGCAAUUUGGUAGCCAUCAAGUGGUGGACAUAUCUUUGGCUUAAAGAAGGUUUUGCUACAUUAUUCUCCUGGCAGGCAACCGAUGAGGCUUACCCUGAAUGGGAUGUGUAUCAAAUGUUCCUUACUGGCGACUAUCAACGUGCACUAACCGCCGAUGGUAAYGGUCAAUUGCCUCCAAUGACGCAUUAUGUGCAAACACCAGCGGAAAUUUCAAGCCGUUACGAUUCCAUUUCAUAUUCGAAAGCUGGUUCCGUACUGUAUAUGUGGCAGAGCGCAUUCCCUAAGAAUGUUUUCCGUCAAGGCUUGAAUCUCUAUUUGACUUCAAACCAAUUCAGUGCCGCUGAUGAGAAUCAACUUUUUGAAUCGCUCGGCAUUGCAGCCGGUGCCAAUAACGUACCGAUUCCAGCCACUAUGCAAGAUAUGUUCGCUAGUUGGUCUCGUCAAUCUACCUAUCCGCUGCUGACCGUUACACGCAAUUACAACGGCAAGUCAUUCACCGUAAAGCAGGAAGCCUUCUACGAGGAUACGAACACUAAAUCGGAUCAAACUUGGUACAUACCCUUUAAUUAUGCGCACAAAGCGAAUCCAGAUCAUCGUAAUACCACCGCUUCGCAUUUCUUAUUGAAAGUCAAAGAGAUCGAGGUCCACGACAAUGAUUUGGCAGCCGAUGACUGGUUGCUACUGAACAAACAAUCUACCGGUUUUUAUCGCAUCAAUUAUGAUGAACAAAAUUGGAAACUACUAAGUGAAGCGCUACAAACGCAAACAUUCAAAUUCGAUCCACGUAAUCGUGCACAGCUUAUUUUUGACGCCUACAAGUUCAGUUCGACUGGACGCCUUAGUCAGGAUAUCUUCUUGAAUUUACUWCAAUACCUACCGAAUGAAGAUCAAUAUGCGCCAUGGACAACAGUCUACUCCGUAAUCGUUACUUUCAAUACUUACYUGAAUGGUGAUGCGGAUUAUAAAAAUUUCCAAUUAUUUAUUCGUGAAUUAGUUUCGAAUAUCUAUGAAAAAUURGGUAUCAAUGACGUAAGCGGCGAACAUCAUCUCACCAAAUCCGUACGUAGUAUCGCCAUUAAUCUUGCCUGUAUGGCUGGCAUAGAGAGCUGUCUGCAAGAGACCAAUAACAAAUUGAAAGAACUCAUUAAUAAUGGUGUAGCAAUCGAACCAAAUCUACAACGCCAAAUCUAUUGUAACGGUCUAAUGCAAUCCGGCGAUGCCGAAUUCACUUUCGUCUAUAAUCAAUUAAUGGCAUCCGAUGAUCAGGCAUUACGUCGUACGCUCAUCGCAUCGUUGGGUUGCUCAAGAACUGAAUCACAAUUGAAAAGCUUCGUGGACAGCUCAAUUGAUCAGUCCGCCGCGUGGCGUGUACAAGAGCGCAUCACAAUACUUAGUGCGGCAUAUUCGGCCAGCAAUGUUGGACUUAGUGUAAGCAUUGAUUUUCUCAGCGAAAAUUGGGAGGCUUAUGGCAAUUUGACGUCAGGUUUCGGUGGUGAGAAUCCACUCAAUACAGCUAUGGUCGGCAUGGCCGCAUACGUGAUCAAUGAGGAACAGCAAAACAAAUAUUUUGCGCUGGUGGAUAAGGUUAAGGGCAGCAAUAAGGUGCAAUCCAAUUUGGAGGACGUCGUCAAGGCGCGCGUGCAAACUAAUCUCGACUGGUUGAGCAACAAUCGUGCUCCAAUUAUGUCCUGGGUGAAUGCCAAGGUCGUUAAAUCUGGCAGCGCGACACUCAGCGCAUCAUUGGCAACGCUGUUCACAGCGUUCACCGUUGUGCUGGCACGUUAUUUUUAAAAUGUUAGUUUAAUAACUUGAAAUGUGUAGAUUUGUACAUAAUUGGCAACUCUUGGAGCAGAAUUUGUGCGAUUGAACCUAGUUUGUAAAUAUGAUAUUAAAUAAUAAUAAAUAAAUUUUUAAACACAAAA